GAUAAAAUGGGGUGGACGUACCACCUAAAACCCUGGUAGGAACAAAGCGCUAUAUGCCUCCUGAGGUGCUGGAUCAAAGCUUGAAUAGGAACCACUUCCAGUCAUAUCUCAUGGCCGAUAUGUACAGUUUUGGACUCAUCCUUUGGGAGGUAGCAAGGAGAUGUGUGUCAGAAGGAAUAGUUGAAGAAUACCAGCUUCCAUACCAUGAUCUUGUGCACACCAACCCCUCCUGCAAAGACAUGCGGGAGAUUGUGUGCAGCAAGAAGCUCUGUCUCUCAUUACCCAGUAGAUGGAGCAGUGACCAGUGCCUGAGACAAAUGGAAAAACUCAAGACAGAGUGUUGGGCACACAACCCUGCUUCUCGACGCACAGCCCUGUGAGUAAAGAAAACACUUGCCAAAAUGUCAGAGUCACGGAACAUUACAAUCUGAUACAACAAAAGACAUCUCUGGCGAAAGCCCAUCCAAAACGACUUUCCCUUGUGGUCAGAGGACAUGAAGAGGAAUUAGAAGCAUUCACUAAUGUGGAUCCUGAACAGUCAUGCUUCAGAGCAACUGUAGAUUUAACUAACAUCUUUUGAGGAGAGGAGCCUUUGCAAAAUCAGCAACCUUUGACACACAAGAUCAGAAAAGGAUCGUCUGCUCCCUGUUUGCGUGGGGAACUACCAUUUCAGUAACUGGUUCAAGAUUAUGCAUGUUGCUUUCUGUGAAAGCCCAUUAUUUUGAUUUGAUUUGAUUUUUGAUUGUUUAAAAGAAGACAUUGUUUUAAAUUUGUAUGGUUCUAGGAUAAGCCAAAGCACACUUUUUCUAGCCUUUAUUACUGAAAAGUAAAGAAUUUUGAUAUGAAAGGAACAGGUUCACUCAAGAAUGAGUUUGGUUCAUCUUAAUGGCCACUGAAACCAUUGGUGAGUGAAACUGCUGUGAACCGCAUAUGAAAAUGUUGCAUAGGAGACAAUUAUACACAACACGAGUAAGAGUUCCCCUUCAGCAUGUGAAAGAAGCAUUAACACUUUGGGGGAAAAAAUGUCCCAUUUAUUCUGGGGGAUUAUUUGUUGUUCCUUUUUUAAAUGUAGUGAGUCUUCUUAACUUCCUCUUGAUAAGGACUGAAAGGAGGGAGCUGCUGACAGUUAGUUGAUCGUGCAGUUUGGAUUUAUUUAGGCAGAAUUGGACCCAGUGCUGCCUUUCUCUUUCAACCAAAACCUCCCGCUGCAGUCAGUGGAAGAGUUGAGGGGUGGGCAGUCUGGUCCAAGCAUUCGCCCAUUAUAAAGUGUUACUCUUUAUGAAGAAAAAUUCCAUGGUUACUGCACAAAGAAACAUUAGUUCUCAGAAUCCCAUUUGAAACACUGUUUGAAUUAUUUCUUUAUUCUGACCAUUAUCAGGUCCUAUCACUUUUUAAAAAAAACUUGAAAUGCAUAAAGAAUUAUUUUUCUAAAAUGCAUACAGGGAGUGACAUUUCUAACAUUAGGAAAACAUUUCCCACAAUAUGUUUUUCUUCUCCAGUUAUGUUUAAUAGAAGGUAUUUGGGAGAAAAUUAACAAAAAUCUGAGCUGACCGCUUUCAAAAAUCUGAGACCAAAGUUCAUUCUCUAAAUCUGCGUUUAGAUGCAGAAGCAAGACGCCCGAUUUCCAAGAACGCUCAGCCCUUUUGGAACAGGCCACUGAUUUUGAACACCUAACAAUGGAUUUAGAGCCUAAUGUUAGGCUCAUGAUUUUUUAUAGAUCUUGGCGUGAAACUUUAGCAUUCUUGUUACUUUAAACAGCCUUUGCAGUAACCUCUGCAUCUCUGGGUGGCAUUGCUCAGUCAUGAGUCUUCCACCUGAGGACUUGUAAGUCAUAGUGCAUUCAUAAGGAAAGGAAUUGUGUUUCCCUUUUUGGACAAAACUGGUUUAUUUGUAUCACCCAGGUAAAUGUCAUAUGAGUUCA